ACGCACGAACUGGUCUUUCGACUAGCUAGAUAUCCGACUCUUCGGGGCCGGCUGUCAUUCAUUCAGUAAAGCAGUCUUUCACCCUUUCCAGUGUAUGAUUUUCCGACUGCUAAGCACGUUAUCUGCGAAAGUGCCGAGAGUGCUGAAUAGAAUUGCUUUAGUCAUGAAGCCGCAGGUCGUGUUUGUUCUAGGCGGGCCUGGCGCGGGGAAAGGAACACAGUGCGCUAAAAUCGUUGAGAACUACAGCUACACUCACCUGUCUGCUGGGGACCUGUUGAGGGAAGAACGCAGUCGACAGGGCUCACAGUAUGGCCAGCUCAUUGAUAACUACAUCAAAGAGGGCAAGAUUGUUCCCGUGGAGAUAACCAUCAGCCUCCUGCAGAAGGCUAUGGAGGAGACCAUGACUAAAGACGAGAACAAGUACCGGUUCCUCAUUGAUGGUUUUCCCCGUAACCAGGACAACCUUCAAGGCUGGACCAAAGUUAUGGAUGGAAAGGCAGAUGUCAAAUUUGUCCUUUUCUUUGACUGUAGCAAUGAGGUUUGCAUUGAGAGGUGUCUAGAGCGGGGGAAGAGCAGUGGACGCACAGAUGAUAACAGAGAGAGCUUGGAGAAACGGAUCCAGACAUAUCUGCAGUCCACGCGGCCCAUUAUAGACCUGUAUGAAAAGCAGGGCAAAGUGCGUACCAUCGAUGCCUCGCGUAGCGUGGAUGAGGUGUUUGCUAAUGUGAAGAACAUUCUGGACAAAGAGGGUUAGAGCUUCCUUCCCACGCUGCCAACAAUUGCACUUGUUGCGACUUUUCAAGUUUUCUUUUUACGUCAGCAACACUAUAACCAGUUCAUUUUUCUCAUUCAUGACUUUUUAUUCAUUUAAAUGUGUAUUUUUCACGUUGGUUUAAGUCCAGAUUGUGUGUGUGUGUGUGGGUGUGGGAGAGAGAGAGAGAGAGAGAGAGAGAGAGAGAAACAUUGCUCUUCAAACAGUGCGUACUGGCUAUAUGCUUGCCAAAGAAGAAUAAACCUUCAGAACAUAGAAGAUAGGCUAAACCAGAGUGAUCCAUAUUCUACAUUAGGGCUAUGGCUUAGGAACAGUUAGUGUCAGUGCUGCUGUUGGCUAGUUGUGGCUCUCAUUCUUAGACAGUUAUCAUGCAGAGAGACGAAUCUAAUGCUGUUAUAUUCAGGGAAGAACGUCAUUACUAGCUUGUGUGAAGUGGAAAUGGUGGAACAGGGGUGACCAAAGGUUGGUUCCGGAGAGCUGUAGUGUCCACAAGGGUUUAACGUUUGGUCUAAACGUUAUUUUUAUGAUUCCCAUCAGAUCUGGGAUAGAAAAGGGUCCCACUUGUUUUUAGGACAAUUGUUUUAGCUAAGUGUGACUUAUCCCCGCUCUAGCGAAUGAUUAGCAUCGGCUAUGAUUAGAAAUCUCUUUAAGUGUAACAGAAAUAGUGGCAUUUAGCCAACGCUAAAAUCAUACCAGUGUGACACUGGGUACUGUGUAGCUUCAGGCUAAAUAGGAAAAGCAUGGGUUAAGGAUAGGCAUUUGGUAAUAAAUUCCAUUGUGAAGUGCUCUUUUGUAAACCUCUUUUGAACUACCUUUUCUUUACCAAUUACGGCGUUAUCUGAACCAGAGACAUCAGGCUAAUUGGUGGGAAGAGUUUAGAAGGAGCACACUAAGCCUGUAGUUAGAGUAAUUGAUUUAUUGUGAUCCGCUCUUUGAAAUCCAUCUGUAGGCUUCCAGACACUGACCUUUUGGAACUUGUGGCUACUCGUUGGAAAGGAAUUUCACAUAGUGUAGUUUCUCAGUUAGCUUAACAACUCGGUAAAUCAAACUGUGUGAUAUUUCCUCGAGUGGUAACGGGCGAAACACAUGUGUAGUGAUGACAGACCAAAUGUCUGUAUUCUGACCACAUCUUCACUUCAUCUGAGUGAAAUAGAAUUGAGGGUAGGGCUGAGGGGGUGACAGUGAUUCAUAAAUACAUUGUCUUUGUCAUGUCAUGUUGAUGUCGUUUGACAGUUUUUGUCCACGAGCAACUAAUCAUCCUUUGAUGUAACUACAUAUCAUUAUGGCUAGAGAAGAAGAGCUUGAGUACACUGCCACCCCCUGGAUGAAAAUAAAACU